AAAUAGUAUUAAUUUAAUACAAAUAACUGUUUUUUUUUCUUUUAUAAUAAAAUAAAAGAAAAUAAAAAAAAAAUCAAUAAUAGUAAUAGUAAUAAUAAUAAUAAUAAUAAUAAUAAUAAUAAUAUAAGUAAUAAAUAUAAUAGUAUAUUGUAAUAAAAUAAAGAAAUGGAAAUUCUUAAUAUAAAUCAAUUUCCUGUAAUUAUUUUAAAAAAGAUUUUUUCCCUAGUAACAAAUAAUGAAUUAUCAUCAAAUUAUUUUCAAAUAUCAUUGGUAAAUAAACUAUGGCUAAAAUAUUGUUCAGAGACUAUUUAUACUAUAGAGUUUAGUGAAACACAGAUACCAAAUGAACCAGCUGUAAAUAAAUUCUUAAUAGGUUUCAAAUCUACAUAUUCACUAAGCUUUAAACAUUGCACAAUCAAUAUUCAACAACUUUCACUUAUAGUUCAAAAUUUAUUUUUUUUAAAUGAAUUAAACAUAUCAUAUUGCAAACUUUUUAAUAGUAAUAACAAUAAUAAUAAUAAUAAUAAUAAUAAUAAUAUUUAUAAUUCAGACAAUUUAAAAGUCAUAGGUUUACCGCAACAAUCACCACCACAGGACCAAAAGCAACAAAUUUUAAAUAAUAUUUUAUCAUUUAACCAAAUUGAUAUAAAUGACUUAGCAACAUUAGCAGAUAUACCAAACCACUAUAAGAUCAGAUUGACAAUCAAUUUAAUGUACUCAAAUACGAUUUCCAUAAUAUCAUUUAUAAUGAAAGCAAAUCAAUCAAUUAUAAACUCGCUAGAUUUAAACAGAUGUAAAAUUGGAAGAUAUAUAAAUAGUUUAGGAGAGUUUUCAGAUAUUUUAAAGACAAACUUUAGUUUAAAACACUUGGAUUUAUCCAGUAAUCAAAUUAAUGGUGAAGCUGCCACCAAAUUAGCAAAUUGUUUAAAGUGUAACCAUAGUAUAGAGACUCUAAAUCUAUCAUUCAACGAUAUGAAAAGCGUUGGUUCAGUUCAAAUAGCCAAUUGCCUCAAAGUGAAUCAAUCUAUAGCAAGUUUAAAUUUCAGUUCAAAUUUCCCAGAUGAGGAAGGUACCCAUGCAUUUGCUGAAAUGAUACGUGAUAACCAUUCUUUAACAAGUUUAAAUUUAUCAAGCAAUAGGAUUUCAUUUGAACGUGUACCAUUGAUCGCUGAAGCUUUGGCAAAAAACAAAACUUUAUUACAUUUAAAUUUACAAAGAAAUUUAAUAGAAGGUCGUGGCUCAGAGUUUAUAGCUCAUGGUUUAUCAAAGAAUUCAAGUUUAACAGAUAUCAAUUUCUCUUCAAAUAAAUUUUCAAAUAUAGGUGCAACAUUAAUAGCGAAAGCAAUAGCAUUCAAUCCAAAUACAAAAAUAACAAAUAUCGAUUUAAAUUCAAACUCCAUCGAGUCUAGUGGUGCCAUAGCAUUCUCUGAUAUUGUAUUAUAUAAUAAAAGUGUAACAAAUUUAGAUUUGUCUAUAAAUUGGAUUGACUCUAGUGCCCUAAUGGAUAUCUCACAAGCAUUCCUAAAUAAUUCAAAUUCAUCGAUUAAAUCUAUUGAUCUCUCAAACAAUACUAUUUGUGAAAGAGGUGCUGGCUAUCUUGGUAAAGCUCUUUUGUCCAAUUGCUCCCUAAAGCAUCUAAAUCUAUUUUGUAAUAAUCUAGAAAAACAAGGCGCAAUCGAGCUUUCUAAAUCUAUUGAAAUGAAUAGUACCUUAACCUCAUUGGAGCUAUCUUCUAAUUUAAUUGGUGAUGGGGGUUUGGAAUCACUCUCAGCUGCUUUAAUCAAAAACAAAUCAAUUGUUUCAAUUAGCUUAUCACAAAGUUCAAUUACAGUCGAAGGUGCGCAAUACCUUGUGCCUCUAUUAGAGAAAAAUAAUACAAUCGAAUUUUUAGACUUGUCAUACAAUUCAAUAGGUCCAAUUGGUGCUCAAAAAAUAAGUGAACCCCUUAAAACAAAUAAAACAAUAACAUCAUUAGAUUUAUCUUCAAACUCGAUCGGAGAUCAAGGUGCCUCUGCAAUAUCUGAAAUUUUUCCGCUAAACUCAACUCUUAAAAGGCUGUCACUCUAUAAUAAUAAAAUCGGUUCAAUUGGCGCUAUAUCGAUAGUGGAUAAUUUAAUUAAGAACCAUUCUCUUUACAGUAUAAAUUUAUUAGCAAAUAGAAUCGAUUCUUCAAUUUUAAAAAGAAUUUUAAAAAGAUUAGAGAGUCUUUUACCUGCUCCUUCAUAAACAUUAAUAAUAAUUAAUAAUAAUACAAAUAAUACAAAUAAUAAUACAAAAAAGAUAAUAUUUUUUUUAAAUUGAAAAGAAUAAAUUUUUUUAAAUAUUUUUUACUUUUUUUCUAUAUCUU